AUGAAUGCAUAUAUUCUGUAUAAAUUGAUCCAGCAGAUGAAGAAAGUUUUGCGUACCAAAGACGGUGAAGAGAACAUUUGGAAGAUCGAGGGAGGUGGAAUUUUGUUUAAGAUCCUCAAGACGAUGUUCAAGUUGAUCAACCGUCCGUGGAAGAUGUAUCCCUUGGGAGUCCUAUUUGGGCUCGGAUUCGACACCUCGUCGGAAAUCGCGUUGCUGGGCAUUUCUUCAAUCCAAGCAGCUAGGGGAACAAGUAUCUGGGUUAUACUAAUAUUCCCAAUUCUAUUCACGGCUGGAAUGUGUCUUAUUGACACCAUUGAUGGCGCCCUCAUGCUGUCCCUAUAUAUCCAACCCGCUGCCCACUUUCUCCCUUCAUCUUCUUCGUCUUCCACAGUUUCAGCACCAGUCUCAGAUACCACGGCGGAACCUCAAGCAAUAUCCCGCAACCCGCGAGACCCAGUCGCAUUUCUUUACUAUUCAAUCGUUUUGACCUGUUUGACUGUUAUUGUCGCGAUAGUGAUUGGUGUCCUCCAGCUUCUAACUCUCAUCCUGAACGCUGCAGAACCCAAAGGUAAAUUUUGGGAUGGCGUGGAGACGGCGGGGGAGUACUAUGAUGUUAUUGGUGGCGCAAUUUGCGGAUGUUUUAUCUUGUUUGGAAUUGUCAGUGUGCUACUUUACCCUCGCUGGCGACGAUGGGCUUCGAGCAAAUAUACGACUCAUGAGGGCGAAGGCGAAGCCAUCAGCGAUAUGGAGCGGGGAGACACAUCGCCUAUACAAUCUGGACAACCUUCUGACAUUAUCAAGACCGGUACACUUAUCAAUACAAAAAACCAAGAGCCAGGUGCAAGUUGA